GCUCUCAUCAUUUUUAUCUUCAUCGUAACCUUCACUUCACUUCCCAACUUCAACCACUCAACAAAACAAAACAACACUCUCUCUCUUUUUCUUCUCUCUCUGUUUUACACUAGUUUCUAUUUCUAUUCCAAUUGAGAGUGGUUUCUCUUCUUUGUGUGUUGUGUGUUCUUGAGUGAGUGUUGAAUUGAGUUGAAUGAUGUUGUUACUCAAAAAAUGGAAACAACUCAAAAGAGCCAAACAAAGCUAACACGAACCCAAUCCUCAUUACUCGUUUCUUCAUCCCCAACUCUCCGAUCUUCCAUUCACAACUUCUCCUCCAUCAUAAUCAAAGACGAACAGCAACAACACGUGGCAGCGGCGUCUUCACACCGCCACGAAGAAGCAGACAACGAUGACAAGAAAACCAAGAAACCCCUCAUCAACCCGACCCGGAGUCACAAAUGGAUCCACUAUCCCACCGGCUCGACCCGGUUAUCCAACCCGAUUCUCGCGGUGGUUUCGUUCGGUUUCCUCGGCGCGUGCUCGCUCUGGUUCUACAUACAAACCGGCGAGGUGAGACCCACCUCGGAGAACGUGCUUCUCGCGUUGAUCUUCGUCGCCGUCGCGCUCUACUUCGCUUCCCGGAACAAACGCCUCAUCCACCACGCGGUGUCGUUAGUCAAGGUGAGGCGGUUCGGGUUCGGGUUUGGAUUCUGCAAAUCGCCGGCGAAGCCGGUGCAGUGGUUCAUCGGGGACUCCGACGGCGACGGCGAAGGCGACGGCAAGCCGUCGCCGGCGGUGAGGGAGGGGGUGGAGUUUUACAGCAAUGGGGAUUUCUACGAAGGGGAGUUUCACAGAGGGAGGAGCAAUGGGAGCGGGGUGUACAAUUACUUUGUGAAUGGGAGAUACGAAGGGGAUUGGAUCGAUGGGAGGUACGAUGGGUAUGGAAUUGAGAGCUGGGCGAGGGGGAGUCGCUAUAGGGGACAGUACAGGCAUGGGUUGAGGCAUGGUUAUGGGGUUUACAGGUUCUACACUGGGGAUUCUUAUUCUGGUGAGUGGUUUAAUGGUCAGAGCCAUGGAUUUGGAAUGCAAACUUGCUCUGAUGCUAGCACUUACAUUGGUCACUUCAAACAUGGUGUUAAGCAUGGCCUUGGUUGUUACCAUUUUAGGAAUGGGGAUCAAUAUGCGGGAGAGUACUUUGGAGACAAAAUACACGGAUUUGGGGUCUACCACUUUGCCAAUGGCCAUUAUUAUGAAGGAGCAUGGCAUGAGGGGCGUAGGCAAGGUAUCGGCGCAUAUAUUUUCCGAAACGGUGACCGAAGGUGUGGUGAAUGGGAUGCUGGCAACCUCAAGCAUCCUCUACCACCACUUGCUGAAGUUGUACUUCGCGCAGUUCAGGCUGCUAGGAAAACAGCAGAGAAUGCUAUAAACCUCAAGCGCGUUGAUGACCAGGUUAACAAAGCAGUGAUCGCUGCUAACAAGGCUGCCACUGCUGCUAGAGUUGCUGCAGUGAAAGCUGUUCAGAACAGAAUGGAUGGAAAAUUUUGUGAGACUGAUGUCUAUGAGUUAGAUGUUUAGUUUGGAAUUGUAAAUUUUUCACUAAUUUCAAGUAUUUGGAAGAAGAUGUCAAUGUCACCCCUGUGAGCUAAAGAGCUCACUGGAGGUUGAAAAGAGCUUGUUUUCACCACACUGUAACUUGUAUAUAAACCAUGUAUAUCAAAGAAAGAUGAGUUUUUCUCA